AAAAAGGGAACCCAUAUCUUCCAAACCCGUAAAUUUGGAUCCAUUCGAGUUUGCAGAGAGUUUUGCUUCGUUUUCGGAGUCAAAUCAAUGGCCGAUGAAAGCGCAGCGACACCUAGGAGAGAUCCCAUCAAGAAUCCAGUUGGGAAUGCUGCUGCACAAAGGAGAAGGCAACAUGCUGUUUCAGUGGGUAGAGAAAGAAGAGAAGCUAUGUUUCGAACCAAACGAUUAUGUAGAGUGGGAGUUAGCAGUGAUAUGGAUGUUCCCAUUGACAGUGACAUGAUAAUCGAAGAAGAGCAAUCAAUUUUAGAGGCCCAGACAUCUUCUGCUGUCGAAGAAUUGAAGCUAGCUGUUGCCUUUCAGGGGAAGGGUGCAGUCCAAAGGCAGGUGAAUGCUCUUUCCGAACUAAGACGUCUAUUGUCUAGAUCCGAGUUUCCUCCUGUUGAAAUUGCUCUUAGAUCUGGAGCAAUACCUUUACUUGCACAGUCUCUUUCAUUUGGCUCCCAGGAUGAACAGUUGCUUGAGGCGGCUUGGUGUCUAACGAACAUAGCUGCUGGAAAACCUGAAGAAACGAGAGCUUUGCUGCCAGCAUUACCAUUACUUAUUGCUCAUAUUGGAGAGAAGAGUUCAUUGCCUGUAGCCGAGCAGUGUGCAUGGGCAUUAGGAAAUGUUGCUGGCGAAGGGGAAGAGUUGAGACAUAUUCUCAUUUCUCAAGGAGCAUUGCUUCCUCUUGCAAAAAUGAUGUUGCCAAACAAGGGUUCGACAGUUCGCACCGCCGCUUGGGCAUUAUCAAACCUGAUUAAGGGACCGGACCCAAAGGCUGCAACCGAACUCAUUAAAAUUGAUGGUGUAGUGGAUGCUAUACUAAGACACAUGAGGAAAUCGGAUGACGAAUUAGCGACUGAAAUAGCAUGGGUUGUCGUGUAUCUCUCUGCUCUUUCAACUAUUGCUACUAGUGUGCUUGUGAAAACUGAUCUUCUUCAGUUACUUAUCGAACGAUUGGCCUCCUCAAAUAGUUUGCAAUUGCUCAUUCCGGUGCUAAGGAGUUUAGGUAAUCUCAUAGCAGGUGAUGCUUACACAACGAAUGCUGUUCUUGUUGUUGGACACGAAAUCACAGAUAAUAUUAUAAGGGCAUUAAGCAAGUGUCUGAAAAGUGAGCACCGUGUCUUAAAGAAGGAAGCCGCUUGGGUGCUAUCAAAUAUAGCCGCGGGUUCUGUCGCUCACAAGCAAUUGAUAUACACGAGUGAAGCAUCACCGUUGUUGUUACAGCUUCUGUCAACAUCACCAUUUGACAUUAAAAAGGAAGUGGCAUACGUGGUUGGUAACCUCUGUGUUGCUCCAGCUGAAGGUUCCGGAAGGUCGAGUUUGAUAUCUGAUCACUUGGUUUCAUUUGUUAGAAGUGGAUGCCUUCGUGGUUUUAUCGAUUUGGUUAGAUCUGCUGAUAUUGAAGCUGCACGACUCGGACUUCAAUUCAUGGAGCUGGUGUUAAGAGGGAUGCCGAACGGUGAGGGACAACAGCUGGUUGAGAAAGAGGACGGGAUUGAUGCCAUGGAACGGUUCCAGUUUCACGAGAAUGAAGACCUUCGGAACAUGGCUAAUCAGUUGGUUGACAAGUAUUUCGGAGAGGACUAUGGGCUUGAUCACUAGAAACCGAUUUGGAAUGGGGCCUAGGACCAAUAUGAUGAUUGGUUUAGGUAGGGUGGCCGGCCUACUAUGGGCAGUAUCGACCAGUUGGUCAUGUAACAUUUUGGUACUCGGUGGUUAACUUGUUUAAACUUGUAUACGGGUUUUUCUCUUGUCGAGUAUAUAUGUAUGUUUUGCGGGGAAAAAAGGGUAUGACGCCACCUUCUGGAGCUACCUGUCGUACUCGUCUUAUGACCAUCAUGAGGGAGGUACAUCGCAUGUACCAUAGGCAGGUGAGUAGUGUUUGGAGUUGAACAACAAACUUUCCACUCAUUCUUUAAGGAUGCCCACCAAUUUUACCGGUUAA